CGAUACUACGAAUAAUGAUAAUAAUUCAACUGUAAUAGGAUAUAACGAAUCGAAUAAAAAUAUAAUAAGUUUACAAAAAGAUUCUAAUAUCACUAUGGAAAAUGGAACCUACGUAAUAGAAGAAAAAACUAUAAAAGUCGAUUCGACAAAUGGAACUUUAUUGGUAGACUUCAAAGUCUCGAAGAUCAAAGACCACGACUGGUUUUCUAUGAAUGGUAUUGGAAAAGGAGACGAAAUCGUUCAGAUAAAGGAAUACGAGAUAGAUCAUGACAAUAAAGUACACCUGAUACAUCCUAAGAUAAAACUCAAAACUGGUGUUUAUUUUUUAACUAUAGAUUUCGAUGCCAAUCCCACCAUGGAUGUAUUUUAUAACGUUGAAUCUAAUAUGAACGAUGAUAAAACGAGGAUGAUGGGAACGUUAUUAAAAACAGCAGGUAGCUGUUCUCAUCUCUUUCCACUUUUCAACGACGAGUUAUACCUCAAAGCUAUAUUCUCUUUAACCGUUCAACGUCCCAAGGAAAUGAAAGUUUUAUCAAAUAUGCCUUUGAGAAGUACGAAAGAUGAUGCUGCGUAAGUAUAAUUAAUUCAUAAACGAGAGAUUUCUUUUUGAAAAAUAAUUAUUAUUAUUACAAAGAACA